CGGAAAUGGAGGUGGUUGUUGUUGCCGUGGAAACCAAUCGUAAGACUGUUUUUGUAAAAGAAGCUGGCUCAGCGAGCCUUUUAGCCAAUCAGAAGCCUGAAGACAGCCACUGGUGGAAAAGACACAAAAACAAGAAUAGCCAAUGGAAGUUCCACAGCAACAUGAUACACUACAUGGCAUGUUACAGUGUUUUAGAUGACCUGUUACACGACAUUUUACAUGACAUACUACAUACAUGACAUGACACACUACAUACAUUACAUGAUACAUGACAUUUGACAUGACACACUACAUGAUACAUCACAUGACACACUACAUACAUUACAUGAUACUACAUGACAUUUUACAUGACGCACUACAUGAUACAUGACAUUUGACAUGACACACUACAUGAUACGACACACUACAUACAUUACAUGAUACUACAUGAUACAUGACAUGACACUACAUACAUUACAUGAUACUACAUGACAUUUAACAUGACACACUACAUACAUUACAUGAUACAUGACAUGACACACUACAUACAUUACAUGAUACUACAUGACAUUUUACAUGACACACUACAUUAUACAUGACAUGACACACUACAUACAUUACAUGAUACUACAUGACAAUUUACAUGACACACUACAUGAUACAUGACAUGACACACUACAUACAUUACAUGAUGCUACAUGACAUUUUACAUGACACACUACAUGAUGCAUGACAUGACACACUACAUACAUUGCAUGAUACUACAUGACAUUUUACAUGACACACUACAUGAUACAUGAUAUGACAUGACACACUACAUACAUUACAUGAUACUAAAUGACAUUUUACAUCAGAGGUAGGGAACCUAUGGCUCGGGAGCCAGGUAGGGCUCUUUUGAUGACUGUAUCUGGCUCUCAAGCAUUUCUUACCACAAUAAAAAUGUAUGUUUGCUAACAUUUUAAAGUAAACAUCACAGAAAUGACUGUUAAAAAUAAUAUUAAAAAUCAAAACUUUCUUAUGCAUUUUAAUUCGUCCAUCUAUUUUCUACUGCAAUAUGGCCGACCAUAUCCAUCUUUCUUGAUGAUAUUUUCCAGGUCAAACACCAAAACUUGAUUAUUACUGGGUAAUGCUGUAGUCUACCUCGGUCAUUGAGAUGUCAAAAAAACAUGUAAAUGUAAACUUUUCGUCUUUUAGUCAAAUAGUCACCUAGCUAAAGCUGCAGAACCAAGCCUUUUGACGAAGAUGGCCAAAAGAAUGAAAUACGUGUACGGAGUAUGGUGCAAAACCAUGCAGCAGCAGAAGUUGCAUUAAUGGCAGCAAGUAUUUGAUUUAUUAUUGGACACUGCGCUGCUCACGAAAGUAUGCUGGCCACACCCCCUUGGCGUGGGGUAGUGUGCCUGGUCUACGUAAUUAGAGCCCAUUAUAUCUAAAACUGUUGGUCUUACAUAAAAAUGCACACAUUUUAUUGCAUUCAAUGUUUAAAAAAAAUGUAUAUGGCUCUCACAGAUACACAUUUUAAAAUAUCUGGCCUUCAUGGCUCUCGUAGCCAAAAAGGUUCCCGACCCCUGUUUUACAUGAUACACUACAUGAUGCAUGACAUGACACACUACAUACAUGAUACUACAUGACAUUUUACAUGACACACUACAUGAUACAUGACAUGACACACUACAUAAUUACAUGAUACUACAUGACACACUACAUGAUGCAUGACGUGACAUGACACACUACAUACAUUACAUGGUACUACAUGACAUUUUACAUGACACACUACAUGAUACAUGACAUGACACACUACAUACAUUACAUGAUACUACAUGACAUUUUACAUGACACACUACAUACAUUACAUGAUACUACAUGACAUUUUACAUGACACACUACAUGAUACAUGACAUGACACACUACAUACAUUACAUGAUACUACAUGCCAUUUUACAUGACACACUACAUGAUACAUGACAUGACACACUACAUACAUUACAUGAUACUACAUGACAUUUUAUAUGACACACUACAUGAUACAUGACAUGACACACUACAUACAUUACAUGAUACAUGACAUUUUACAUGACACACUACAUGAUACAUGUCAUGACAUGACACACUACAUAAUUACAUGAUACUACAUGACAUUUUACAUGACACACUACAUACAUUACAUGAUACUACAUGACAUUUUACAUGACACACUACAUACAUUACAUGAUACUACAUGACAUUUUACAUGACACACUACAUACAUUACAUGAUACUACAUGACAUUUUACUACAUGACACACUACAUGAUACAUGACAUAAUACCACAUGACACUCACAGGGUAGCUACAGUGCUUUGUGUGUUUUGAUGGCAGUGUAGUGUGUACGGGCUGGUGCUUGGAGGUGAUUUACAUCGGCAAAGUGGGCCUGAAAUAGAAUUAGUGCUGACUUCCUCGUUCCUCUUUGUUCUCACCCGGGCCGGGUGAGAACAAAAAUCCUUUGGAGUCCUGGUCUCGGGUCUGGUCGCGGUUCUGAUCUCUGUAGCUUUGCUCUGCCUUCCUGUCUGACAGACGAUGUGGAUCUUGGCCACUAGGGGGCAGCUGGCUGUCACCUGAACAGGUUAGAUGUUUGCGCGUGACGGAGAUGAGUCACGGAGCCGUUUGGCCAGCCCGCCAGGUGUGGAGGAGCCUCGUCCUACUUUUCACCCCUGACAAUGGUCACCACAACAUCCGCAUCCUAGCAACCGUUGCUAAGGACGUCUUGCAGCUCGGUGCUUAGAGAAUCAUAUUCAGACUCAAACAUCAACUUCACUCCUUCCUUCCCUCCUUGUCUGGCUUCUUCUUCUUUUUUCCUCCCAUGCUUCCUUACACGUCUCCUCCCUUCAUUCCUUCUUUCGUUCCUGCCUACCUUCCUUCUCCACUUGGAUGUGUUUUUCCCUCCGUGUCGAGCACAUGAGCUUCAACGUGACCGUGUGUGUGCGCGCUGGGGUGGCGGUGGUGGGGGUCAGGUUGGCUCUGGCUUCUGAUUGGUUAAAAGUAGGUCAAGCCGAUCCACUCAUGUGACCCAGCAUUCCUCUGUGGGCGUGUGUCUGUGCAUGCGUGCGUGCAUGUGUGUGUAUGUGUGUGUGUUGAUCACGGUGAUACCAAGACAGUCACUAAAGUUCCCGAUUCUGAUCUUUCGGACUAUUUUCCGCAUCUCAAAGUUAAUCUUUCAAUGAGAAACAAGCCCGAUGUAAAGAAAGCGACAUUUAAAAGUUCAAAAAGUUGAUCCUUUGAAGUAGUUUCCUCCGAAAGCACAAUAAAAUCCAUAAAUGAGGCGAAAAAAAACCCUGACUGUCUGUCUGACUGUUUUUGUCAUUCAUGAAGUUGUAAUUUAAUAAACAUUUACAGCUUAAUUUAAUCAUAGAUUGUAGUAUUUAAAUUAAAUGUUUGAGGUUGUGUUUACAUGAAUUAAAAAAAGUUAGCUAGGCGCUAUGUGCCGAGAGAAAGGGGCGUGGCUUGAGAUAGUAGCUGUGACGCCACGAGCCCCUGGAGGCAAGAGAACGAUUUGUGUUUUCCGAUUCCAACCAGCUCAGUUCGGCUCGGGUCACUGUUCGUUGCUUUUGUGGUGGAUAUACUUCCAUUAAUAUACGUCAACAAUAAUAUUCCACAGUAUCACGCCUCGUUCCUCUUCAAUUUGUCGUCUCUACCCGGAAUCGGUUUGCCGAGAGGGAGUCGGUCAGUGUUCGCCGGUUCAGUUCGAAAGACUCUUCCGUAAAAUUCAGUUCGUUCACCCCCGCUCGGGCGCGCUCACUCGCAGUCGCGCGCUCCUCUUGUGCUGAACAGCAAGCGGAGACUGUCAGUGUCAGACCACACGUCCCUGCGGCGCCGCAGUCUUCGCCGAGGCCCGCUUCUGUCGUCUUUUGGGGGUCUUUUGGCUCCCCGAGGGAGGCGCCAUGGAGAAGAUGUCCCGAGUGCACGUGAGCUCCUUGAACCCAUGUUUCCUUCCCGCGUCUUCUCAUGGAGUCCUCAAGUCUCUGCUGGAGAACCCCGUCAAGCUUCCCAUGCAUCACGAAGCGUCUCAUGACUUUUCCCGCCGUGCCGUCCGAGCAGCGUUCAACAAGGAGAAGGAGGAGAAGCUGCAGGAGGACAGCAGCGCCCCCCAGUCGGCCUUCCUGGGCCCCACCCUGUGGGACAAGACGCUGCCCUACAACGGAGACAACUUCCAGCUGGAGUACAUGGACCUGGAGGAGUUCCUGUCCGAGAACGGGAUCCCCUCCAGCCCCGCCCAGCACCCGCCCCACCCUCUGCCGCAGCUGCCCGGCCACCCGCCCAUCAUGGCCCCCGCGCCGUCGCCCUCGGUGAUGGACCUCAGCAGCCACGCCUCCACCUCGGCCUCGCCAAACUGUCUGCACCCCAGCCCGGCUGGUGCGUCGAAGCCCUUUCAAAGCCUCAGAAACACUCCCAGCCCCAUCGACCCAGACUCCAUCCAGGUCCCGGUGGGCUACGAGCCCGACCCGAGCGACCUGGCGCUGUCCAGCGUUCCGGGCCAGGAGAUGUUCGACCCGAGGAAGCGCAAGUUCUCCGCGGAGGAGCUGAAACCUCAGCCAAUGAUUAAGAAAGCUCGCAAGGUCUUCAUCCCCGAGGACCUGAAGCAGGAUGACAAAUACUGGGCCCGGCGCAGGAAGAACAACCUGGCCGCCAAGCGUUCGCGAGACGCCAGGCGGCUGAAAGAGAACCAGAUCGCCAUCCGAGCCGGUUUCCUGGAGAAGGAGAACUCUGCUCUGAGGCAGGAAGUGGCCGAGCUGCGCAAAGAGCUCGGACGUACCAAGAACAUCCUGGCAAAGUACGAGGCGCAGCACGGGCGGCUAUGAGGGCACACACACACACACACACACUCUCUCAUACACACUGUACUAACGGCUCCACUCACUAGAAAGUGAAGCUUCCAUUAAAACUGGAAGAUAUUUUUUAAUAACGUGGCCACCAGAGGGCAGCAUUGCUCGUUUAAAUCAACGGUGUGUUUGCGCCUAUGCCCAACAUUGACUUGGCAGCUCCGCUUUGCAGUGAGUGGAGCCAAUCAGAGGCCAGAAUGUCUCCGCCCUAUACCAAGCCUCGCCCAUCCCGACCCUCUCGCGAGCGCUGCACGUGCAUAUAUAUAUAUAUAUAUAUAUAUAUAUGUACAGUACGCGUGCGCGGCAGCCUCAUCAAUGUGAACGCGAACGCCUUCUGCUCUUUUAUAACGAAAUGAGCCCAAAAAUGCCAAAAAUGUUUUCUUUAACCCCUCAGAGUUCGUUGAAAGCGAGCUUUGACGCCAUCAGGGAGUAAAUAGCUUAUUAAGGACCAACCCAAAGAGCAGCAGAGAUAUUUUAUUUUGCUUUACUGAGCAGCUCAGGAAGCUAAUGCAGCCCGCUAGCAGGAGCAGUUAAAGCUGUCUUGUGGCGACAAAAAGGCUGGCUUCAAUACAUUUUGAAUGUUUGAAAUGAUAAAAAACCACAACUUACCUGGUUUUAAAGUGCGUUUAGAAAGCAAUCAGUGCAAUAAGUUGGCUUCUUUUCUUUUUUUCCUCUGCGGUGUUCUACCAGUGUGUAGCUCAGUGCUGCCCCCAGUGGCAGAGCGAGGCAUGAAUGUAUUAUUUUACACGUUUAACAAUGGAUCACUUUAGUACUGCAGACCAAAAGAAAGACCUUAAAGGAUAUAUUGAUAUAUAUUCCAAGUUCAAAUGUUUAUAUCGGUGUUUUUGUACAGUCUCUUUUCCUACUUAGAUAUUGGAUGUGUAUUUUGGAAAAGCGUUACUUUAAAGCAGUGCAGUGUUCAUUUAGAAAGCAAACUACGGGCAUUACGCAAGCGUUGAAUUUGUCUUUUACCCGCGUUUAGUUGAAAUACCUCGCCUGAAGUACCUGACGUUUGUUGACACGGUCGAUGACGUUUAUAGCGUGCGAAUGUAGUCACCCAACACAAAGCACUUACUUUCUUUUUCUGCUGUCCUGUCUCAUUUUUCCCUUUUUAUCCGCUUAUUGUGGGUUUUAAGACGUUUGUCUCAGUUUGAACAUCAACGUUAUGAAUAAAAGGAAAAAAAAAAACGACCAACAAA